AUGGCGCCGAAUGAUCCAGUCUUGAAUCUCGUUACGGCUGACCCAGGCCUGCCGCGAGCCAAUCCCACCCAGUCCUACUGGCAGCAUAUUCCACAUGCUCUCGCUAACGUCCAAUCCUUAAAAUUGCCGAACGAUCGAGAUUUUGCGAUCAUUGGGUCCGGUAUCACAGGUCUAUCCGUAGCCAGAUCUCUCUUGGAACGCCACCCUACUGCCACAGUAACUGUUUUGGAAGCCCGUGCGCUCUGUUCAGGUGCAACUGGGCGCAAUGGUGGACAGAUGGCUGCGAAUGCCGGAGAACAGUAUAUGCACCUUGCAGAGACUCAUGGGGUUGAAACGGCGGGCAAGAUUGUGGAUUUCACAUUCCGCAAUUUGGAAAAGAUGCAGGAAUUGAUUGAAGAGUAUGAUGCUGUGGAGUUAAGUGAGAUGCAGCGCCUGCAGAAGCUGCGAGUCUUUUUGACCCAAGAGAAGUUUGACGACUUCAAGAAAAGUAUCGCGCGCCUGGAAAUGGAUCAUCCUUCUAAAAAGGGGCUGUAUACAAUUUUGGAUGCAGCUGCCGUGCUCAAGGCGAGUCUUGUCUUCCAUGAGUAUGGUAUUCACGGGUCAUCUGGAGGAGCAUUGCUUCCUGCUGGAACGGUCUGGCCAUAUCAUCUUGUCACCAAAGUAUUCGCGGCACUAUUGGAAAAAUACCCAGGUCGCCUGACAAUCGAGACGCAUACACCGGUUAAGUCCGUUGAACACAUCUCAACACUUGCCUCAGGUAUGACGAGUGCGUAUCCAUACACACUUCAGACUCCUCGCGGUCCGCUACGAGCACGGACUGUGGUUUAUUGCACCAAUGGGUACAGCGGACAUCUCCUUCCCGGCCUCAGGGGGCUUGUCCACCCUUUCAAAGGUACAAUGACAGUUCAAGAUCCGCAGAAUGCUGUAUCAAAUCAGGGCGCAGCUAUCUCAUGGGGCUUCCACUACCCUCCAUCCUAUGAUCCUAAAACCAAGCGUCUUGGGUAUGGACUAUACUAUCUAGGACAAAGUGCAAAGACCGGCUAUUUCUACUUCGGCGGCGAGAAUGCACGUCUUGAGGAGUCAGUGUCCUCAGAUGACACCUUUGUGGCCGAACACUCCGUGAAACACUUGGAAGUCGUCCUCCCACGAUUCUUUGGCAAGAGCGACAGAUCCGAUUGGCGCCUAGUCAGUUCAUGGAGUGGGAUUAUGGGUUAUUCGUCUGACGGUCUGCCAAUAGUCGCACAACUACCACCGACCCUGACGGGUCGGGAAGGCGGCGGCGAAUGGAUUGCUGCUGCAUUCAACGGAUAUGGGAUGGCGAACAGCCUGAUGAGUGGCGAGGCGUUGGCUUCGAUGAUUUUGGGUGAGGAUGUCAGUAAUUGGCUCCCAGCUGCAUACGGAUUGGGAGAACAGAGACUCCAAGAGACGCUCACAGUCCCAGGGGCCGUCAAUGCACUACGGUCGAAGCUAUGA